CUCCACCGCCAUCAUGGUGCAUCGGAGGGUGUUCGUGGUGGGCGUUGGCAUGACCAAGUUUGCAAAGCCUAGUGAGAGCAUGGAUUAUCCUGACAUGGCUAAGGAGGCAGGCCAAAAGGCUUUAGCUGAUGCUGGGAUUCCUUACUCAGAAGUGGAGCAAGCAUGUGUGGGUUAUGUUUAUGGUGAUUCGACCUGUGGACAGCGGGCAAUCUAUCACGGUUUGGGUUUGACUGGCAUUCCUAUCAUUAAUGUUAACAACAACUGUGCUACUGGAUCAACUGCUUUGUUCAUGGCCAGACAACUAGUACAAGGAGGUUUGGCAGACUGCGUUCUGGCCCUUGGCUUUGAGAGGAUGGCAAAAGGAUCCCUUGCCUCAGGUUUUUCAGACAGAACUAAUCCAAUGGACAAACAUUUGGAAAUUAUGAUAAAUAAAUAUGGCUUAGCAAGUGCUCCUGUAGCACCUCAGAUGUUUGCAAAUGCUGGCAAAGAACAUAUGGAGAAAUAUGGGACAAAUCCAGAAUACUUUGCAAAAGUUGCAUGGAAAAAUCAUAGCCAUUCAACUAACAACCCGUAUUCCCAGUUCCAACAGAAGUACACAUUAGAUGAAGUUUUGCAUUCUCGCAAGAUUUUUGAUUUCUUGACUGUCUUACAGUGUUGUCCAACAUCAAAUGGUGCUGCAGCUGCAGUUUUGUGUAGUGAGGAGUUUGUGAAAAGGCAUAAGUUGCAGUCACAGUCUGUGGAAAUUCUAGCCCAGGUGAUGGCUACUGAUUAUCCAAGCACAUUUGAAGAAAACAGUUGUAUGAAGAUGGUUGGCUAUGAUAUGACUAAAAAAGCUGCUGAAAAGUGUUUUGAAAAAGCAGGCCUAAAACCUACAGAUGUUGAUGUGAUCGAACUUCAUGACUGUUUCUCAGUUAAUGAGUUCAUCACCUAUGAAGCUCUGGGACUCUGUCCAGAAGGAAAAGCAUGUGACCUGAUUGACAGAGGAGAUAAUACUUAUGGAGGAAAAUGGGUUAUUAAUCCUAGCGGUGGCUUGAUUUCCAAGGGACAUCCACUUGGUGCUACAGGCCUGGCGCAGUGCGCCGAACUCUGCUGGCAGCUGCGCGGCCUGGCCGGGAGGCGGCAGGUCCCCGGGGCAAAGGUCGCGCUGCAGCACAACCUGGGCCUCGGCGGGGCCGUGGUGGUGACGCUGUACGGCAUGGGCUUCCCGGGACACCGCAGCACGGGCCGUAUUGCGGCUGUGCCUCUCAGCGCAGAAGUGGAUGGAUUUAAGUCACAUUUGGUCUUCAAGGAGAUUGAAAAGAAGCUCCAAGAGGAAGGAGAGCAAUUUGUCAAGAAAAUUGGUGGAGUCUUUGCCUUCAAAAUAAAAGAUGGUCCUGGUGGGAAAGAAGCAACUUGGGUAGUAGAUGUGAAAAAUGGCAAGGGCUCCGUAGCAGUUAAUUCAGAUAAGAAGGCAGAUUGUACAAUUACAAUGGCAGACACUGAUCUGUUAGCCCUCAUGACUGGCAAAAUGAAUCCUCAGACAGCAUUCUUUCAAGGCAAAUUGAAGAUCUCUGGGAACAUGGGCAUGGCAAUGAAACUUCAGAAUCUACAGCUUCAGCCAGGCAAAGCUAAACUUUGAGCUCCUUAGAAAAAACAGUUAAUACUUGAUAUUUUUCACAACGAAAAGUAGAAUGAAACUAGGCAUUAUCAAUAACAUGGUGCAGGCUGGGUUUGAUUGGACCUCUCUCACCUAAAUUAUGUGGUUAGAGACCUUAAUUCUCUUAAUAUAUUCCAUCAGUUUCUCUAUGGCAAAGAUUUUUAAGCUAAGCUUGAGGCACUAACUCUUACAAAUGGUAUAUGGUGGGUAUUUGUGACAAUUCCAGUUUAAUUAAUAUGAAAAGUUUUAUAAACCUUAGAGCUGAAUGAGGCUGCUUUACUGUUCAGCUUCAUUGGGAAGAGAGGGAGGAAGGUGAUAGUUUGACAUAUCAAUUACAUUAGUUGCAUAUAUUUGAAGCUGUAAUAACGCUUUCAGACUUCCAUUCUAGCAAAUUUGUUGCUGCUUAAAUUAACGUGGUCUUGUACAGGGGAUCUGUAACAGCAUUUUUUUAGAACAGGCUUUAGGAAUUUGCUAUAAAAUCCUUUUCUUAUUACUUCUUUGGAAUUAAAAAAGAAACAAAAUAUACCCAGAAUUAAGGAGGAACUAGAAUGUUGCUUUGAGAUUCACAGGAUUUUGGUACCUUUCACCUUGGACAAAAGAUCAGGUUUGCCAGGAAAGCAGAGAGGGAGUGUUCUUACCUGCUUUCUCCUGAGAAAAUCUGACGUUGAUCAUCAUGAAAUGUAACAGCUUUAAGUUCUGUUUUGGGAAAAUGUAUCCUGCUUGGAGGUUUAAUAGAAAAUUAAAUAUACUUUUACUGUUC